CCCGUUCCCUCCCGUUCCCUCCCCGCCUCCCUGCGCAGCGCGAACAUGGCGGCGGCGGCGGCGGCGGCGAGGGACUGAGCAGCGCCAGCGCUCGGCGGCCGCGCAGGUUUUGCUAUGCCGCAGUGUUUGUACUGACUCUGCUGUCUUGUAGGAGUGAUGGGGAACUAGAGCCCAUGACAGUUCAGUGGAGCCCUUGGCACUUUUGAUAUCUUGACAUCUUCAGUCCUGUAAGAGCAGCCCAGUCCCAGGAUAAGGACAGCAGCAGGUGGUAGAAUGCGGAAACCAGGCCCUCAGAAAGCCAUAGACUGGAAAGAUGGUAAAAAGCACAAGUACAGCCGCCCGUCAGAGUCUCCCUCCCAGUACCAAGGUCACUUCACGUGGGAGAAGUACCUGAAAGAGACAUGUGCCAUCCCAGCUCCUGCCCAUUGCUUCAAGCAGUCCUACACUCCACCUGCAAACGAGUUCAAGAUCAGCAUGAAGCUGGAGGCCCAGGACCCCCGGAACACCACGUCCACGUGCAUCGCCACCGUGGUGGGGCUGACGGGCGCCCGCCUGCGCCUGCGCCUCGACGGCAGCGACAACAAGAACGACUUCUGGAGGCUGGUGGACUCUGCUGAGAUCCAGCCCAUUGGCAACUGUGAGAAGAAUGGAGGCAUGCUGCAGCCUCCUCUGGGCUUCCGCCUCAAUGCCUCCUCCUGGCCCAUGUUCCUUCUGAAGACUCUGAAUGGAGCAGAGAUGGCUCCUGUCCGGAUUUUUCACAAGGAACCACCAUCUCCUUCCCAAAACUUCUUCAAGACAGGUAUGAAGCUGGAGGCAGUGGACAGGAAGAACCCUCACUUCAUCUGCCCGGCCACCAUUGGGGAGGUGAGAGGUUCUGAGGUCCUGAUAACAUUUGAUGGCUGGAGAGGUGCCUUCGAUUACUGGUGCCGAUAUGAUUCCCGGGACAUCUUUCCCGUAGGCUGGUGUUCGCUGACUGGAGAUAAUCUGCAGCCCCCUGGUACAAAAGUUGUGAUUCCAAAGAGCCCUUUACCUGCCUCCGAAGUAAACUCGGAGAAACCUAGCAUGCACAGUAGCACAAAGACUGGUUUGGGGCAUCAACAAGGGCAAAGGCGUCGCAAAACAGGGAAGAAGAGUGGUCGAACGACCAAAACACUAAUCCACCACCCCAUGCCUACACCCUCCAAGUCAGUGGAGCCUUUGAAAUUCCCCAGAAAGAGAGGCCCCAAGCCUGGCAGUAAGAGGAAACCUAGGACAUUGCUGAACCCAGCACCCACCUCUCCAACAACCAGUACCCCAGAGCCAGACACAAGCACUGUGCCCCAGGACGCUGCUACAAUCCCCAGCUCUGCCAUGCAGGCUCCCACAGUUUGCAUUUACUUGAACAAGAACGGCAGCACUGGGCCCCACCUAGACAAGAAGAAAGUUCAGCAGCUGCCAGACCAUUUUGGACCAGCUCGAGCUUCUGUUGUCCUGCAGCAAGCAGUACAGGCCUGCAUUGAUUGUGCUUAUCAUCAGAAAACAGUCUUCUCCUUCUUAAAACAAGGCCACGGGGGAGAGGUGAUCUCAGCUGUGUUUGAUCGGGAACAGCACACUCUGAACCUGCCAGCAGUUAACAGUAUCACCUACGUCCUCCGCUUCCUGGAGAAGCUGUGCCACAAUCUGCGCAGUGACAACCUCUUUGGGAACCAGCCUUUCACUCAGCACAGCCACAUGCAGCGCUCUCACCAGUACGACCACGACAGGUAUCUACCAGACAGAAGCAGUUCCCUAGACGGCUCUCUGCAGGGACCAGGCCGGGGUACAAAGCGCUUUUCCCAAGACCCCCCUCCAUACAGUGCUCCUCUCUCCCCCAAGGUACCAAAGAAUGACCGUCACCCUUUGGAAGGUGAAACCUUUGUCCUGGGAGAUGGCCUCCCAGGGCCCUUAGAGCCUCGCCUGGACCCCAUGGACUCUGCCUUGAACUCUGUCAGUUCAUCCAGCCACAGCAGGAGCUCCAGAGACUUUCGCCUGCCGGGAUACAGGCACCUGCAGCAGCCCUGCAGCCUCAGCCAGGGCAGCAGCUCUGCCCUGCGCAGGCUGAGCUCUGGGGGCUCGGACAGGUACCCGGGCUCCAGGGACAGCUCCAGGGACAGCUCCCGCCUCAGCAGCCGCGACCCCUCGGCCUGGACGGUGGAGGAGGUGAUGCAGUUCAUCCGCGAGGCCGACCCGCAGCUGGGCCCCCACGCCGACCUCUUCCGAAAACACGAGAUCGACGGGAAGGCCCUGCUGCUGCUGCGCAGUGACAUGAUGAUGAAAUACAUGGGGCUGAAGCUGGGGCCAGCCCUGAAGCUCACCUACCACAUCGACAAGCUAAAGCAAGGCAAGUUCUGAGAGGACUCCUGGCAGGAUGGACCCUGGAAGCUCCGCUCCCGGCCGCCCCACCCGCGCUCACCUGCCACAGGUUCGCAUGCACACACCCCUUCCGCCGCAGCAGACAGACGGACAGACGGACAGACGGACACUCCCGACGCCAGCCGGGCCCCCGACAGCGCUCAGGAGGGGCCUGGCACAGCUGGGCUCUGCACCAGACUCGGGCUCUGGGCACUGGCACAGCCAGGCUCUGCACCAGGCUGAGCUGUGGGCACGGGCACAGCCGGGCUCUGCACCAGGCUGAGCUGUGGGCACGGGCACAGCCGGGCUCUGCACCAGGCUGAGCUGUGGGCACGAGCACAGCCAGGCUCUGCACCAGGCUGAGCUGUGGGCACUGGCACAGCCGGGCUCUGCACCAGGCUGAGCUGUGGGCACUGGCACAGCCGGGCUCUGCACCAGGCUGAGCUGUGGGUGUUGGCACAGCCGGGCUCUGCACCAGGCUGAGCUGUGGGCACGGGCACAGCCGGCUCUGCACCAGGCUGAGCUGUGGGCACGGGCACAGCUGGCUCUGCACCAGGCUGAGCUGUGGGCAUUGGAAGCCGAGGUCUCUCCCUGCUGCCCAGCCAGCAUUUCUCCAUGAGCUCCCAGUGCUGCUUCCCUGGAUGGAGCAGCUCCAGCAGGGCUCCCAGGACCCGGGGUCUGCCUCAGCCCCUCCCUGUGCCCGCUGGGGCAGCCCCUGGGCACUGAGCCUGC